AUGAAUAACGAGAUCAAUAAAUUAACCACUCAAGUGAGCAAGAAAUGGAAAUUGGUCGAUGAGAAAUUGAAGCCGACCCAAUUCGAUUGGAAUAAGAUUAAACGUACGCCACAGUUUCUCAAACAAAAGAUCAAAUUUGCCGGCGGUUCUUAUACUGUUGAUGAAGAGUUCAAUGCACUUGAGUUUGUGGUUAAACAACAAGAUGACGCCUUAAAGAAAGUUCUUGAGAGUUUAAAGCUAUUUUGUGAGAGUAUGGGUGAGGUUGUACAAGAGUCGAUUGGUGUUAGUGAAGGUUUCCACAACUUGAUAGAUCCAUAUAGUAAUUUCAAAAAGGAUAGCGAGACAAUGAACGAUGCAUAUGAUUUGUGGGCCAACAUGAUCAAGUACAAACAUUUAAUGCAGAAGAUUGACAUGUCAGGAGAAAUAGACGCUGUGGUUAAUGGUAGUAUGAAGCGGUUGGAAACAUUGAGCUCAACAAUUCUCAAAAACGUGUUUAAAAAAAUUCGGGACCGACAAUAUGCCUUGUUAGAUUACGAUAAGAUAUAUAAUGAACACGACUCGUUGAUUGUAAAGCAAGAGCAAGGAAUGGAACAACUAAGUUUAAAACAAAGCAAUCAAAUCUUUACUCUCGAAAGGAAAUUAGCAGAAUAUAAAGUUAAAUAUGACAAUCUAAAUGAACUUUUAAAAAGGGAGCUACCUGGUUUCAUUCAAUUGAUGCAAAAAGUUAUAGAAUUGGCUACUGUUGAUGCAUACUUGUUACACUUGAUUUUUUGCUAUAAAAUGAUUGCAGAAUUGAGAAAGUCACUGUAUGAAUUACCGCAAUCAAUAGAUAAGUUGGUCAACUGGAGUGACGCUAGAUACGAAGUUCUUGGUGCAAAAAUUCAGGAUUUAACCAUAUUUAGGCCUAAAAUAUAUGAUAUCGAGUCGGGGGUCGCAGCAGCGGCAUCCACUACUGCAAAAGGAGGAGGAGGAGGAGGAGAAAGAGAAGGGGGGACAGCGGCGGCAAGCGGUACAGUACUCGGAUCAUGCAUUGCACUUUAUAAUUUCGAAGGGCAGGAAACGGGCGAUUUAUCGUUUAAAAAGAAUGACCGUAUAACGCUCUUGGAAAAAGACGGUGAUUGGUGGAAAGGAAAAAUCAAUGGCAGGUUUGGUACUUUUCCAUCAAACUAUGUCACCGAAUCUGUAUCAGUAAUAUUAUAA